CGUGUAUCCAAAAUUGGGGGUUCCCGCUCCGCUCCGCCCCCAAUCCAUCUCUCCCAUCCCAUCAAAAUUGGGGAUUGGAUUGGAUUGGCCUCGAUUUCACCCCCAUCCCAGCAAAGCAAUUCGAAAGCGGCCGGCAGAGCUUGCUUUCCCCACUCCUCUCCCGCACCGCAUCUGACAAGGAGAACCCUAGAGCCAUGGCGCCGAGCUCCCCUUCGUCCGCGCGCGCCUCCACGCGGAAGCGCCCCGCCAGGGACGACGAGAUCCACGACGAGGCGGAGGAGGUCGCGGCGUCGUCCGCCAAGCGCCGCCGCACGAGGAAGCAGGCUAAGGCGGCCAAGGCGGGGAGGAGGAACAAGGGGGAGGUGGAGGUAGAGAGGAACAAGGAGCCGGUGGAGGACGACGUGUGCGCGGAGGAGCCCGACGAGGAAGAGAUGGCCAUGGGCGAGGAGGAGGAGGAGGAGGCGGAGGCCGAGGCCCAAGCUGGACCGGAGGAGCAGCAAGCGUCGCCGGAGAAGGCGGGGAGGAAGCGGGUGGCGCAGCCCAACCGCAACAGGAACAGCAGCGCCGCGGCCGGAGGGGUGGAGCACGAGCCCGAGUUCCUUGGCGAGCCCGUCCCCUCGGCCGAGGCGCGGAGCAAGUGGCCCAAGCGCUACGACCGCAACGCUGCCGCCAGGAGGCCGGAGGAGGAUGACGACGUCAAGGCCAGGUGCCACUACCGGAGCGCCAGGGUCGACAGCGUCGUCUACAGCCUCAACGACGAUGUCUACGUCAAGGCUGGAGAAAAUGAGGCUGAUUACAUUGGCCGUAUAACUGAAUUCUUCGAGGGGACUGACCGUUGUUGCUACUUUACUUGUCGUUGGUUCUUUCGUCCGGAGGACACGGUCAUCAAUGCCUUGGUGUCCAUAAGUGUUGAUGGCCACAAGCAUGACCCUAAACGUGUUUUCCUCUCUGAGGACAAGAAUGACAAUGUGCUUGAUUGCAUCAUUUCAAAGGUUAAGAUAGUCCAUGUUGAUCCCAAUAUGGAUCAAAAAGCUAAGGCUCAGCUGAUAGAACAUUGUGAUCUGUACUAUGACAUGUCUUACUCGGUUGCAUAUUCCACAUUUGCCAAUAUCUCAUCUGAUAAUGAUGCAUCAGGCAGUGAAACUGCUUCUGGUAUUUCUUCUGAUGAUGUGGAGACAUCAUCUGCUACGCUAGGGAGAACAGCAACCCUUCUUGAUUUAUAUUCUGGCUGUGGGGGCAUGUCCACAGGGCUUUGCUUGGGUUCAGUACUUGCUGGCCUGAAACUUGAGACUCGAUGGGCUGUUGACCUUAACAGCUAUGCAUGCGAGAGUCUGAAGUACAACCAUCCACAGACUGAGGUGCGGAAUGAGAAAGCCGAUGAGUUUCUUGCUCUCCUUAGGGAAUGGACAGUCCUAUGUGACAAAUAUGUCCAUGAAGAUGUGGGUUCGGAUUUAGCAGGCUCAGAGGAUCAAGAGGAUGAAGGCAGCCCUCUUGACAGAGAUGAAUUUGUUGUAGAGAAGCUUAUCGGGAUAUGUUAUGGUGGCAGUGGCAGGAAAAAGGGCCUCUAUUUUAAGGUACAAUGGGAAGGAUAUGGUCCCGAAGAGGAUACAUGGGAGCCCAUUGAUAACCUCAGUGACUGCCCUCUAAAAAUUAGAGAAUUUGUACAAGAAGGAUACCGCAAAAGAAUUUUGCCACAGCCUGGGGAUGUUGAUGUCAUUUGUGGAGGCCCGCCAUGUCAAGGAAUUAGUGGUUUUAAUCGGUUUAGAAACCGUGAUGACCCGCUUAAAGAUGAGAAAAACAAGCAAAUGGUGACAUUCAUGGAUAUCGUGGCGUACUUGAAGCCAAAGUAUGUUCUCAUGGAAAAUGUCGUAGACAUACUCAAAUUUGCUGACGGUUACCUAGGAAGAUAUGCUUUGAGUUGCCUAGUAGCUAUGAAUUACCAAGCACGUCUUGGAAUGAUGGUGGCAGGCUGUUAUGGUCUGCCACAGUUCCGUAAUCGUGUGUUCCUCUGGGGUGCUCUUUCUUCCGUGGUGCUCCCAAAGUAUCCUCUCCCUACGCAUGAUGUUGUUGUGCGUGGAGGAGCCCCUAACGCUUUUUCGCAAAGUGUUGUUGCAUAUGACGAAACAAAAAAUCCAUCCUUGAAGAAAGCUUUGCUUCUUGGUGAUGCAAUUUCAGACUUACCAAAGGCAAGUGUUUUCUCGAGUCAUACAUUUCUCAACUUGUACAUGCAAUCUUACCCUUCUCUGCAGGUAGAGAACCAUCAGCCUAAUGAUGUAAUGGAAUAUAGUGCUUCCCCCAAGACAGAAUUUCAGCACUAUAUUCGACUUGGUCGUAAAGACAUGUUGGAUUACUCCUUUGGUGGAGAGGCUGGUCCAGAUGAAGGCAAGCUGUUGGAUCACCAACCCUUACGGCUAAACAAUGAUGACCAUCAGCGGGUGCAGCAGAUUCCUGUGAAGAAGGGAGCCAACUUCCGUGACCUUAAGGGUGUCAAGGUCGGUGCGAACAACAUUGUUGAGUGGGAUCCAGAAAUUGAACGCGUGCACCUGCCAUCUGGGAAACCGCUGGUUCCUGACUAUGCAAUGUCUUUCAUCAAAGGGCGAUCAUUGAAGCCAUUUGGGCGCCUGUGGUGGGAUGAGACGGUUCCUACUGUCGUGACCAGAGCGGAGCCUCAUAACCAGAUUAUAUUGCAUCCGGAUCAGGCAAGAGUCCUGACUGUCCGCGAGAACGCAAGAUUACAGGGAUUUCCUGACUACUAUCGAUUGUUUGGUCCGAUCAAGGAGAAGUACAUCCAAGUUGGCAACGCUGUGGCUGUCCCCGUGGCUCGGGCACUGGGCUACUGUCUAGGGCAAGCCUACCUGGGCGAGUCGGAUGGGAGUGACCCGCUGUACGUGCUGCCUGAUAGCUUCACUGCCGUGGGGCAGCCUGUGGCACCAGCGAGGGUUGGAACUCCUGCAGGAGAGGUGGUUGAGCAAUAAUAAUAAAAAAAACAGAGAGUAGCAGAGUGAGCGGAUUGAUCAACGUUGUAACAUUGGUGGCACUCGCGCUCGAUUGGGCGAGCUUUCAAAACAUUCAUUGGCCUCGUUGUAGGCGACCUUUCUCAUGUCUUAGUCAAUUUAGCUGUCUGCUUAUUCAAUUCUUGCAUCAUGUUCGUCUAUUCAGAGUGAGACCAUUCGUUCAAUGUGAGUAAAUUUUCAUCUAUUGUAGCUUUUUUUUAGAAUAAGGAAUAAAUAUUAUCCUAGCUUCUGUA